AUGAGCUCCAUCACCAACCCGAGAAAAUACACGAUUGCCUUCAAGUUCCUUGAGACUGAUACUAUCCAACACAACCAAAUCGCCGCUGGGAACAAUCUAUUCAAGCCUAUCCGACAGAAGUACGGUGACCGCCUCGAGGAAUGUGAGGUGGACGAGUGGAGGCUCUUCAUUACGAUAUCGCAUUGUUUGCAUGCGGAUGGCGAACAGUUAUAUCAAGAGUUACUAAUGGUCUUGGAGGCAACUGAGCUUUUUCAUCAAGAUGGCCUUUUUGCAGAACCUCAACUUUUCGAGUGGGCAGUCUUCGAGGAGACUGAGGAGGGCUUGAAGCAAUCAUCAAAUCACAGAAGUGCUACGCUUGGCUUGUUCCACACUUAUAAACAGAGGAUUUUCCUUUGA